AUGGAUGAGCGCCUCGGCCUCCUGAGCUCGCCGCCGCCGCCCUCCGUCCGCCACCACCGCGCCCACCCUGCGCACGAGCCCGCGGGCCAAGGCGGCGGGUGCGCGCACAGCGCCGUGAACCCGGGCUACACCGAGCCCUCGGCCGCGGGCGCCGAGCCGCCGCCAGACAUGACGGUGGUGCCGGGAGACCACCUGCUGGAGCCCGAGGCGGCGGGCGGCGGCGGCGGCGGCGGCGGCGGGGACCCGGGGCCUCCGGGCGGCGGCGGCGGCGGCUGUGAUCGCUACGAGCCGCUGGCGCCCCCCGCGCUGCCGCCCGCCGCGGGCGCCGACGCGGAGCAGGACUGCUGCGGGGAGCGCGUGGUCAUCAACAUCUCGGGGCUGCGCUUCGAGACGCAGCUCAAGACCCUCGGCCAGUUCCCGGAGACGCUGCUGGGCGACCCCAAGCGCCGCAUGAGAUACUUCGACCCGCUCCGCAACGAGUACUUCUUCGACCGCAACCGACCCAGCUUCGACGCCAUCCUCUACUACUACCAGUCCGGGGGGCGCAUCCGCCGACCCGUCAACGUGCCCAUCGACAUCUUCUCCGAGGAGAUCCGCUUCUACCAGCUGGGCGAGGAGGCCAUGGAGAAGUUCCGCGAGGACGAGGGCUUCCUGCGCGAGGAGGAGCGGCCCCUGCCCCGCAGAGACUUCCAGCGGCAGGUGUGGCUGCUCUUCGAGUACCCCGAGAGCUCGGGACCGGCCCGGGGCAUCGCCAUCGUGUCCGUGCUCGUCAUCCUCAUCUCCAUUGUCAUCUUCUGCCUGGAGACGUUGCCCGAGUUUCGCGAUGAGGACUACCCGGCCUCCGCGUCGCAGGACGUGUUCGAAGCUGCCGGAAACAGCACGUCGGGGGGCGCCGCCUCCUCCUCGUCCUCCGGGGCCUCCAGUUUCUCCGACCCCUUCUUCGUGGUGGAGACGCUUUGCAUCAUCUGGUUCUCCUUUGAGCUGCUCGUGCGGUUCUUUGCUUGUCCCAGUAAAGCCACCUUCUCCCGAAAUAUCAUGAACCUGAUAGACAUCGUGGCCAUCAUCCCUUAUUUUAUCACCCUGGGCACCGAGCUAGCUGAAAGGCAGGGGAAUGGACAGCAGGCCAUGUCCCUGGCCAUCCUGAGGGUCAUCCGCCUGGUGAGGGUGUUCCGCAUCUUCAAGCUUUCCCGCCACUCCAAGGGGCUGCAGAUCCUGGGGCAGACGCUGAAGGCUUCCAUGCGGGAGUUGGGGCUGCUCAUCUUCUUCCUCUUCAUCGGGGUCAUCCUCUUCUCCAGCGCCGUCUACUUUGCCGAGGCAGACGACCCCGCCUCUGGUUUUAGCAGUAUCCCGGACGCCUUCUGGUGGGCAGUGGUAACCAUGACAACAGUCGGUUACGGUGAUAUGCACCCAGUGACCAUAGGCGGUAAGAUCGUGGGCUCCCUGUGCGCCAUCGCGGGCGUUUUGACCAUCGCUUUGCCGGUUCCUGUGAUUGUUUCCAACUUCAAUUACUUUUACCACCGGGAGACCGAGGGAGAAGAGCAGGCCCAGUACAUGCACGUGGGCAGCUGUGAGCGCCUCUCCUCCUCGGCGGAGGAGCUCCGGAAAACAAGGAGUAACUCCACUCUGAGUAAGUCGGAGUAUAUGGUGAUCGAAGAGGGAGCUAUGAACCACAGCGCUUUCCCCCAGACCCCUUUCAAAACGGGCAACUCCACUGCCACCUGUACCACGAACAAUAAUCCCAACUCCUGUGUCAACAUCAAAAAGAUAUUCACCGAUGUCUAAUAUAUACAAGUGACAUACUGUGCUCAGUAUUGUGUGGAACGUGCCCCCUUGGUCCAUGUAAGCCCUUGUUUUGUACAUUUCCAGACCAUUCAUUAAGGAAAGGACAUGAGGAAGUGGGAAGCAUAUUCAUUCUUUCUUCCCUACUGCUUCAUACUGAAACAGGUGCCUGUUUUGCAAGUGGGCUACAUUCUCUCAGCUCUCCUUUUUCUUUUCUCCCUCUCUUAAUUUUGGGACCAACAAGCUUACAUGAAACUUGAUUUCUAGUAUACACCCUAAUUUUACAGAAAGAAAAAAAAAACUACAUCCUGGGAGGAAAAGAAACUAAAUAACAGUAACUGUUUAACCUCAACAUUAAAACGUAGUUGUUUCUUUACUAAGUUUUAAAGGAUGCAGGACUGAAAUGAUGCUUCAGUUUGUUGGACCUUUCAACAUUAUCUUAUUGAAUUUUUUAAUCAAUUAUAUGCCCUCUGGAUAUGUGGAUGUGAAGUCUAACUACAGCAAUGACUAGUAAGCUCUUCGUGAAUGUGUUUGGUUUUGUAACCGGUAUUUCUAUUUGAAUCGUUCCUCCCCAGACUCUUACGGUUCAGAACUACUGUGAACAAAAGGGAAAUGCCCCAGAUGUCCUGGUCUGACGAACUCGGGAGCUCGCUGAAAGUCUUAGACUAGCAGACUCUAGUGAAGUUCUGUGUGUAUGUCCCAGCCAACAGCUACCAAAGACUAGAAACAGAUGUUUUCAGUGCUGCUGAAACAACAGAAAAAAAAAAAAAAUCCUAAUGCAUCUGAGAGAUAAGCUUCUGCAGUAUCACAAGAAGAUUAAAGUGGCAGACGCCCCUUCCAGCGGAAGUUACUAAUUCGGACCUGACUGAUGCAGUUCCCAUAGCAACCCAUGUUUCCUGGGAAACCCGAAAAAGGUUGUCAUGGCAUCUUUUGCUCUCUAGCCCCACCCUCAGCCCCAGCCCCUGCCAUUUCCACAGUAACCUUUCCAGAUGGUUCCUACUUACAUGAUUUCAUAAGGAAAACCACUAUUUGAAUAAACCGCACAAAUGAAGUUAAGUCUGAGACUAAGGAGGUGAAAGGAAUCAGGAAAUGCCUCUUUUUUUUUUUAACUUUAUAAACCAUUGAUCUUACCCUAUAAUGACUGAAUCAAGAAGGAACAUAUCAUCUUUGGAAUGUUUCAAAUAAAUACAAUAAGGCAUGAUCUGAAUUAAAUGCCAAUGAUGAGGCAAUAAUUUUUAAAAGAUGUUUCUCUACAGUUUUAUUUAUCCAAGAAGUGACAACACAGCAAGUGAAACUCAAAAGCAAUGUCAAAGUGUUCUAUACAUAAGGGAAUGAGUCAGUGUACCUGAAAUCUUACAAGAUACCUUCAGAUUUCCUUGUUUAAAAAGUAAAUAAAUGUCACACAAGACUAUCACAAUCACAGAACUUAAAAAGCAAAAUAAAGCAGAUAUAUAAAGGAUGUACUUUUUUAAAUGUGGUGAUUCAGACAAUCAAUGAAAAGGAAGAUUGAGAAGGAACCAGAUCUUGAAGGAACACCUGCAGGUUUCAGCAUGUGCUGAGGGUCGCCAACAGAGAGGCAAAAUCAGGAGCAAUUUGAAGAGAACCUUUUGUUUUCUUAUCCAGAGGAACAGCACAGGUUUUGAGUCAUAACUGUGAAGUGAUAUAAUUACAUCCCAUCGCCAUAUUGGAAACUCCUUACAGCAGUUCCAAGUCCUUCCCACCUCUCAGCUGUGAAUAGAAGUGAUAACUCCUCCCACUAAGAAAUACAAAGAAGCACAAGUGCCCCCAAAUCUGAAGACUUGUGGAAACACUGUGAGAUAGAGCAGGUCCUGAAGAGCCCCACAUAAAGAACUGCAGAGCAACCUUGACCAAGAGGACGCUCAUUUGUAGACUGCCUGGAGAGAGCAAAGUGGCAGUUACAUCACUGAUGUGCAGCUCUCCUUCUGCUGGCACAUCCUUUUAUUUCAGUUAACAUUAAGAGAUAACAUCUCUGCCAUGCUUCAUCUAAAGAAAACAACUCUAACCGGAUGAUUCUCUUCUUAUUACAUGCAGUAUAAAAGAUAUUAUUCAAAAGAUAAAGAAGAACAUUAAAAAUAUUAAGGUAUCAUUUCAACCAUUUGACAUUCUGGUGAAAUUAAAACAUUCAAAAACUAUAACCAAUAUUGCAGAUAAAGGAAGCCUAGAUGUGUGUUUCUAAUAAGUCAACUACUACUGGUUUUUCCUUUUUAAUUCAUAACUGGACUGUUUAAUCAUUAAAUAUGUUCAAAUAGUCUAUGUUCUGGAUUAUGUGCAACUAUCUGAAGGUGUGUUUAUACCAAAGGCUCCCAUCCAUAGAUUGCAGCAUUCACACAUAAAUAAGUCAACACUGUGCCCAGAUGAGGUAUUAAAGACAGACUUGCCUAAAAGAAAUGUGCCUUGCUUGAUUAAACAUUCUUUUAUUUUUUAAUUCAAAAUGAUAGAUUGAUAAAUAAGUUUUUGGCAAGUUUUGGUUGACAUUAACUUUACAAAAACAUGGUAGUAUUUAUCAUAUAUCUAUCUGUUAACUAAAACUUUAGCAUUUAGUUAUACAUUAGACAGUUCAUAUAUAUAUUAAUUCAAUUUUAUUUUCGUGGGAUGUUUGGUGUGGUGAGACACAGUAUGUUCUUAGAGAUCUAUGUAUAUAUGACAUCUCAUUGGAUGCUUAUAACUUUUCCUUCAAAAUGACAUGUGUAAAAGAUUAUUUGGUUCAUUUUCUAUUUUUAUAUCAUUUUAGAGGUUGAACACAUUUUCAGCUAAAAAAAGGGCAAACUUUUAGCUGGAAAAGAGAUUUAGGAGGUCAUGAAAAUGGCUUCACAUUUGGAGACAUUUCACUUCUGUGCCAUUAUUAAUGUGUUUACUGUGACAUUUCAGCAUAAUGGUAGCUAUUUGUAUAUUAUUUUGUAAGCCUUAUGGAAAGUCAAACUGUGAACAUUUAGUAUGUAGAAUAUUGUAUUCCCUUCCAUAGUUUAUUUCCCAAUUAUACCUGAACAAGUGCAUCAACCAAUCUCUUGUUAUGUAAAUGCAUAGCACAUCAAUGCUAGGUUAUAAUAAGAUCAUUUGUAGAAUUUUAAUUACUAUGAAAUAAUUCAGUCACAAAGCCAGGAUUAUAAAUUAUAUGAUGACCUAUAAAAAAAAUGCAAGUGUUGAAUCUCACUAGUACAUAAGAAACUUUAAACAACCAUUCACCUUGUAGCCACCGAACUGAUGGUAGGAGAUACAAUACAGGUAACUUUCUUUGAGGCAAUGUCUACAAUAAAUUUUUCAUAAUCUGCUUAUAAUAUGUGGUCAAAACUUGAAGACCAGAACACUAUAGGCAAAAGUGAGAGAAAGGAGUGAUAGCUAUCUCAGAUAUGAACUAUGUAAACCUCUCAAUUGAGAUGAUUAUAAUUAAAAGGAAAUUUUAGCCUCCACUUUGUUUUAGUUGUGUUAGCAUAUUGGUGCAGAACACUGCAGCCAUCUUUAUCAUUAUAACCUAUGAUCACAGCUUGGAUAGCAUGACAGUAAUCCUAAUAGUGUAAACAAACUGGGAAUUCUUAGACAUUCAAAUGUUUCUUUAAGGAUCAGUAGGUGUUACAAAAUAUGCAAAAUCUACCUUCAUACAGUAACACAACUUUAAGCUUUAACCAAUGUGGAAUAUUUAAUACUAUACCUGUCUUCUUCUUCUUCUUAUUAUUAUUAUUAUUAUUAGCUACAGUUUCAAAUAAAGAUAAAACCAGGACUUUAAUUUUUAAAAAGUACAGAAUAGUAUCAGAUGCAUAACCUGUUAUAGCAAAUACAUAGAGAAUGGGGACUGGAAAUAGACUGGCCUAAACACCAGGAGACUGGGCAUUGUUACCCACUUCCUACCUCUGAGACCCCAGAUAAGUCAGCUAUCUUUGUGUGGUUUGUUUCUUGAAUUGCAAAGUGGAUGUGCCAGGUUCAGCAACCUCCAAAGCCCUUCCAGCCAUCAAAUCCUAUUAUACACAUUUCUUUAAAAAUGCUUUGAAGAGUACUCAGGUUUUUUAAGCAUUUCUGAAGUAAAUUGAUAAAAAAAAAAAAACUUUAAGCCUUGAAAGUGUCAUGAGUAUGUUAUUCUUCAAAUUGUGAAAAGGGAUAAUAGGAUUCUUUCCCUUUAGUAAUUUUUACUCAUCUACAAUGGGAUUAUGAAAAAUGAAGGUGGGGGGGAAUCACUCAACAGAAGAGAAGCAGAUUAAUGAAAAGGAGAGGAAGCAUUUGUUAACUUUAAUUGGAUAUUAAGGUGAUUUGCAAAUUGUGCUGAAAUGGCACUAGAACUUUAUUUCAUAGUCAACAUUAUAAGCCUGAAAGUAGGGAAGGUGGGAAAAGUUUGGGGACUAGGGGUGUUGGCCUUUUGAUCUCUUGAUUCUUUUCAUAUGUGAGAGCUUAAGCAAGCUCUGCAGUGCUGGCUCUGCCAACAACUGUUAUGUGCUCCCGAAAGUCCCCUUAACUUCUCAGAGCCCUUCUUCUUUAUCUAUAAAAUAAAUAAUUCAAAUUUUAAAAGCUGCAUAUUUCUUUUUAUCUUUUAAAAUUCUAUAACAUUUUCAUAUUUUGUAAUAAAGGCAGACCUUCCUAUUGAUCACUCCCCCCGUUACUAAAAUGUCACAUAUUUCUACUCAAGUAACUGAAUAGAUUGCAAAUCUGAACACUCAUGUUUUUGAUAUUGCUAGCUGAUCUCAGCAAGACAUAGAAAACUUAAAUCCAUUUUCAUUCUGACCAUGGUUUAAUUAUUGUCAUUUCAUCUUUGAAUGCUCAGUUGCCUGAACAAAAUGUUUUCUCAAGUUACUCUUCUUACACUUUUGCAGUUGAAUAAUAAAACAUAUUAUGCUUAUCAAUAAACUGUAGCUGAUUGCAAGGUGCAUUUUGGUCACAUUUAAAAGUUCAUGUCAUUUUGGUCCCAGAAGAGAUGACUAUAUCAAAUAAUACUCAUAAAAUUUUGCAAAUUUUUUGAAUACAAAAGAGGCUCAAGAGAGCCAUACUUUCAAGAAUUUUGCUCAGGAGUGAGAAACAAAAAUCAGGGAUAACCCAAACACUUCUCUUUGGCUUUAAUGGACAGUUUGGAAAAGAAGGGUUAUAUCUUUUGCACAACAAAGAUAGCAGGUGAUUAUACCAAUUGAAAAAUGGAAUUAUAUUCUGGUGGCUUGUUUUAUUAUGGAAAGAGAUUAGGUUAGAAGAAUGCUAUAAUUUGGACACUAGAGAAAUUAUUAAAAAUGAUAGCAGCCCCUUUGAAUAAUACAAAACUAUUUUGUCAUACUAAGAUUAUUUGUCCAGAGGUUUAGUCUUAUAUCCCUUCCAUUCAGAAAAGGGGGCAGUUUUUUAAAGGCCUCUGGCAUAAUAGGAAAUGUAUAUUUUGACCAGUAGAGCAAAUAAUUAAAACAUUUAACUUGAUAACUUUGGUUUUGUGAGUUUAAAUUUUUGCCUUAGGUGUAAUGAGUCUCUUAUGUAUGUAAUAGUAUUAGUAAUGUUCAUGUAAAGUGAUUACAUCCAUUUUUUAAAGUUGGUGAAAUUUGUCAAGUCAUGAUUCUAGUAUAUUGUAUUAAUACUGUAUCUUUCAGCUAUUCGUGAAUUGACUGUACUAAACAAAUCAUAGUAGUAUCACCAUCUUAUAAGUCGUUUCUGUGGGUGUGAUCUCUUAAUGUUGAGGGUGGGGUGGGGAGAGGGUAAGUAUUUAAUUUACUUAAAGCUGUCUUAAGUGUUUUUCUUAAAUGCCAUAAAAUUGUGUGACUGUAAACCAAAUAAUAUCCUCUUUUUCCAACUUUAAGGACUUUAAGGGUACUGUAUAGACCAUUUUUAGAAAUUAUCCCACAAAAUGGUUUACUUUAUGUUAACAAGUUCAUACAUACAUAUAUAUGUCAAUACAAGAGAAAGCAAACAGUGCAUGUAGUAUUUGUAUAUAAUAUGCUCAUUAUUUAAGAAUCUGUUUUGGAAAUCUGUUGUAGGUGAUAAUUAUGUAGAAUCAAAAUAGCAUAAAGGACAUGAAGUUUUCAGAUUCUAACAUUAUUAUUUACAUCAUACUUUGCACAGAUCUUUUGAAGUUUGGAAAUUAAGCAAUCACAGUGGCAAGAAGAAAUUACUUGUCUGCAAGUGGCUGUAAAUGUCAUGUUUAUAAUACUGUGUCAUGUCAUUUUUACCCUAUCACUGCCAUUACAAUUAAGACUUUGACUGACACUUGACUUUAAAAGAUACAUUGGGGGCAGGGGCUCGAGAGAUAGUUUAGCAAUUAAGGCAUUUGCCGAUAAAGCCAAAGGACCCAGGUUGGAAUAUCCAGUACCUACAUAAAGCCAGAUGCACAAGCUGGUGCAUGCACCUGGAGUUUGUUUGCAGUGGCUGGAGGCCCUAGCACACCCAUUCAUUCACCCCUCUUUCUCUCUCUCUCUCAAAUAAAUAAAAAAGUUUUGAAAAACAUACAUUGGAAUUUACAGAUUUUUAGUGACCUUUAUACAUCCAAACUGUAACCCAUCCAAAGAGAGUAUCCAGAUAUUUUCCACCUAAAAUAUAUUAAGUCAACACCACUUACUGCACACACCAAGAUCCAUUUAAUGCCAACAGGCUAGACUGAAAAAUGAUCUUCACUGAUCUUUCCCAUUAAAAAAAAGUCCAUCAUCAAACUGAUUCCUGAAAAGUAGAAAGAAGCAACCAGCAAAAUUGCAGCCAUUUUGAUUGAGUACAAAGAAAAUGACGUCCCUCAUGUCAACCAUCACACAUUCCUGUGGUUAGGGAGAGAAGAGAAGGGGAGUGGGGGAGAAAGCUGCAUUUUAAGAAAACUCAUUCCCUGUAACUAUACAGAAAUACUAGUUAUCAAGUAUUAGAUAGCUGUAUUAUUAGCAUUAGCCAUAGUUCAAAUAUUUGGUAAACUUCCCACAUAUUUAAGAAUGCACCGAAGGAUUUUUCCAUAUUAAGCUACACUCUGAUGAUUGCUCAGCUUGAAUAUGGGAAACAUUUAUGCAUCAAAGCAUGACAAAUACUACAUUUUUAUUCUCAAACAACAGGUAGACACUGUUACAGCUUUCCCUUGUAAAUCAACAGUCUGUGAUACAUUCUGUGUUUUUGCUGACUAGCAAAGCAAUGUUACUGUGAAUAUGUAAAUGGAACAUGUGCUUAUUAUAUUGGAGUUUAAAUUUUUCUAGCCUUAAAUUUAAUUUUCCUUAUCAAAUAUGUCAAAUAUGUAGGUAAAGCAAGUAUUAUUUUGUGUGGAAUGAAGUAAAAUCAUUCUUUAUAACAAUAAAUAAUGGUUAAAUUCUAACUACAGUGUAAAUUCAAAUACACAAUUUAUAUUUUUCUAUAUUUUCUUUUGACAUUGUUAUGUUAAUUUAUCACAUAGUCUUGUGAAGUUAAACUGUUAUACCAUGUUCUCUGUUGUACGGUUUUUCAUAAUUAUGGGCUUUUGUUAAGUAAAUAUGAAUAAAUACAUAAUAGUUUUGGUUAUGUGAUAUUUUCAUCUGGGAAUUUUUAAAUUUGCCAUUGGAUUUAAAGUGUUUUCAUUGUGAAUAUUAUAUACAUACACCAAUAAAACACCAAGAAAAGUCCUGUUA